AUGACUUCCUCACUUGCUUUACCACCACUUCGACCGAUGUCAAACACCAUGCCAAUUUCAACACCAUCACCUUCCAACGCUUUAGCCGGACCUUCUAAUCCCACAUCAACACAUCAAAACAACUCAACCAAUACCAAUACCAAGAGAAGGUCACAGUCUCCUGCAGGUGGUGAAGAGGAUGAUGAUGAAGAGAAUGAAAGUGAAGAUGAGAAGAAGAAAGUUGGAUCAAAGAAGAAGAAGGGGGAAAAAGAGAAAGGGGAGUACAAGUAUACGAGUGAAAUCAGUCAAAUGAUGUUCGUAUUUGGAGAAGUACAGGAUCCGUUGCCGGAAACAGUGAGGUUGGUGGAAGAUAUAGUUAGAGGGCAGAUUAUAGAGAUUAUCACCCGAGCACGUCUACUCACCCACCUCCGAUCAUCUCGUUUCCUUUCCGCCGAAGACCUGAUAUUUCUCAUCCGAGAUGACCGAGGGAAAGUGAAUAGACUGAGAACGUACCUAUCCUGGAAAGAUGUGCGGAAGAGGGCAAAGGACGAGGAGGAAAGAGGUGGCGAUGUUGACCUGGACGUCGAUGGCGCAGAUGAUAAAGCCGCUGCAAAAGGACGAAAAUCAAUGAUGAAAUUACCAUGGGAACUCUUGACACCGUUCUCAGAUUAUCUGCGCGCUCUUCCGAGCAAACAGAAUAGGGAUGAAGAUGAAGAAGAGGAUGAAGAUGAAAUGCAAGCUCAUCAAGAUAGCAUGCAACGUCUGAGAGAUGCCGAUGAGAUCACAAAGAAAAUGACCAAAGAUGAAUAUGUACAUUACUCGGAUUGUCGACAAGCUAGUUUUACUUACCGAAAAGCUCGUCGAUUUAGAGAAUUCGUCAACUUUUCUGCUUAUCUAGAUGUUAGACCAAACGAUGACAUUAUUGAUAUCCUCGGGUUCUUAUCCUUCGAAAUGGUCAGAUCAUUAUGUGUAACAGCGUUGGAUCUUAGAGAGAGAUUAGAGUUAACAAAACCAUCAUCACAACAACAUCAAAGUACUUCAACGAAUACGAAUAGAGCUACAUCGCCUAUGAAAAGGAAAUCGAUGAACAUAGAAAACAACAAUACACAAUCACCAAUGAAGAAAUCGAAGCUGGAUGAUGUAAACGAAGAUAAAAAAGGUAGUAUAAAUACUAAACCUCAACCUAUAUCAUUAUUCGCUCCACCUCCUUCUGCAAGACAACCUUUAUUACCAGGCCAUAUACUAGAAGCGUUCGCUCAGAUACAAAGAACGGAAGCUGCUAGUAGAGUGGGUGGGAUGAGGAAUUUCAAAUCCGGUUUAGGCAAAAGCAGGGUUGCCUUAGUAUAG